CCAGGCAUGCCUGCAAGGGAGCUGGUGGUGGUGGUGGUGGCGGCACUGGUGACUCUCUUCGCUGCUGGUGGGGCAGAGCAGAAUGAAGAACAUGGCCUGAGAAAGCCAGUGUGUGGAGACAUGGUCGAGUUGCAAGCCUGUCCCCUCCUGCUCUUGCCUGUCUGUGGGACUGACGGUAACACCUACGCCAAUGAAUGCCAACUCUGUGUGCAGAAAAUGAAAACCAGGCAAGACAUCCGGAUUAUGAAAGACGGGGAGUGUCAAGAUAUCUGAGCUUUCUAGAGGCUUUUGUGAGCCUAGAAAUGGAUGAUUAAUUGAUCCUAUGUACUCUGUGCUGAUUGCACAUUCAAGUUAGCAAUGACGAAUAAUAA